AUGGGGGACAUUAACAUGACUGAGUCCCAUGAUGGGGCAUUGGAAGGGUCUGGAUCGUCGGAAUACGUUGAGUUUUGGAUCGACCUUUUCCUAGGGAGGAAAGGGCACGAAUAUUUCUGCGAUAUUGAUAUGGACUAUAUAACGGAUCGGUUCAAUUUAAUCAAUCUUCAGAAAAGCGUGAACAAGUUCACGCAGGUGAUCCAAUACAUCGUGGAUGAGCUUGACGAUAGCGUUUUGGAACAAAUGCCGACGUCGAGAUUAGAACAGUUGGAAAGCGACGCGAGAAAGCUGUAUGGGCUUAUUCAUGCUCGGUUUAUCAUUACGGUAAAGGGACUUCAGAAAAUGUUACAGAAGUAUCGAAACGCAGAUUUCGGGAGAUGUCCCCGUGUGUACUGUAAAUUCCAGCCGCUAUUGCCCGUGGGACUGCACGAUUCGCCAGGUAUUGAUUGCGUCAAACUGUACUGUCCAUGUUGCGAAGAUCUGUAUAUCCCAAAAUCGUCGCGGCACAACUCAAUUGACGGCGCGUUUUUUGGUACAAGCUUCCCGGGCAUGUUUUUGCAAGCCUUCCCGGAAAUGGUGCCAACGCACCCGGUCAAACGGUACGUCCCCAAGAUUUUUGGGUUUGAACUACACAAGCAGGCGCAACUUGCGCGGUGGCAGGAGCUGCAAAGGCUGAAGCUGGAGAACAAGUUGACGACCAAAGGUGUCGAUCUGGCAGGAAACGGGGGGUACACGCGGGGGAGCUCUAGAGAAGAUAGUCUAGACGGGGAAAUGUCGAGAUGA